UGUGUGCAUAAGAAAUCUACCUACUUUGAACGUAAUUCCAACAUUGCCCCCAUAAAGCUAUGCCAUUUCCUCUUCCUCCUUUCAAUCUCCCAUCUCAAGACUUAGGUUUUUUACCAGCAAAAUAAACAAACCCCCAAAACCAUAGUUUUAGCUCCAUUCAAAAAUGGCGGUCACCAACAACAUUAUGGUGGGCUGCAUAAACUUCACAGCAAUGCUCCUCUCAAUCCCCAUCAUCGGCUCCGGCAUCUGGCUCUCAUCCCAACCAGACAACCUCUGCGUCAAGAUCCUGCAAUGGCCGCUCAUAAUCAUGGGACUCGUCGUCCUCGUACUCUCUCUCGCCGGCGCUGUCGCCGGGUUCUGGAGGAUCCGCUGGCUUCUCAUCUUCUACUUGGUCGCCAUGCUUGCUCUCAUCGUCUUGCUGGCUUGCUUCGUGGCUAUGGUGUACUGGGUCACCCUGAAAGGCUCCGGCCACCCUGAACCUAGCCGGACGUUCUUGGAGUACCGCCUCGACGACUACUCCGGCUGGCUCCGGCGGUGGGUUCAGAGUUACCGGAAGUGGGAUGGGAUCAGAAGCUGCCUUAGAUCGUCGAGUAUGUGCGGUGGGUUGAAUCAGAAUUACCGCUUGGCUCAAGAUUUCUUCAAUGCUCAUAUUACCCCCUUGCAGUCGGGAUGCUGUAAGCCGCCGACGGAAUGCGGGCACACAUUUGUGAACCCGACGUAUUGGAUCAGUCCGAAAGACAUGGCGGCGGACAUGGAUUGUCUGCGGUGGAGCAACGACCAAACGCAGCUCUGCUAUUCCUGCGAUUCUUGCAAAGCCGGUUUGCUGGCAAAUCUGUACAAGGAAUGGAGAAGGGUGGAUAUCAUUCUGGGGAUCACUCUUGUCGCCCUCAUCGCCGUUUAUCUCGCCGGCUGCUGCGCCUUUAGACGUGCCAAAACUCCACACCUCUCCCGCAAAUACAAGCAAGGUAGUAGCUAGUAAUGAUACUUAGAUACCAAUGGAGAUCAGAAGUUGUACUAUAACACUUGGGUUUGGUAUUAUCUUAACCUAAUUUGAUGGUAAGUUAAAUUUUUAAAUGUAGCAAAUUUUGCGGACUUAGUCAAACAAUUGACUUGUUGGUUUGAGUCAAUCAAUAAGCUAUCGAUAUAUAUAUGGAUGGCAAUGAGGCUAGGGCCUAAGA